CUACUGAUCAGAGAACCCAGAGUAUUCAUCAAAGCCCUUCUCACAUGUUCAACUAUUGCUGAAGCAUCAGAGAAAAACCCUGAGAAGAUGAAAAUUCUAGUGCUGACUCUGGGGCUGGCCCUAGUUUGUGGACUCCAGGCCCUUGAUGACAACAAGGGGGGUGACUUAUUAGAGCUUAGUGGAGUGUGGUACUCUAUUGGCUUGGCCUCAGAUAAUGAAUCUAAGAUUAAGGGAGAAGGCGUCUACAAGAUGUUUGUCAAAAAUAUCAAAGAGGACAAUGGUAUGCUAGUUGGAAACUUCAUGAAAAGGGAAAAUGGAAAAUGUGUUCCAUUCACUUUGACUGGUCAAGUAGUAGAUGAUGUAAUAAUUGUGCAAUAUGAUGGAAUGAAUAAAGGCUAUAUUAAAGGAAAAGGAAGAGAUUAUGUCAUAUUUGUCCUGUAUAAUUACAAAAACGGAAAAGUGACCAUUUGGGCAGAACUCUAUGGCCGGACUCCAGACCUGACAGAUGAAAUAAAGAAUUUAUUUGUGGAAAUAUGUAAAGAACAUGGAAUUAGUAAGGAUCAAAUUGUGGACCUGAGCAAGGAGGAUCGAUGCUAGACGCUUAGAUAAAGAUCAUCUUGGCAUGCAGCUUCUACUUCCUACAAAGAGUCAUUAAUAUGGAUUAUGAACAUUUCUACUGGAUUUUUGUUCUUUCCUCCCACCUGCUGGCUGAUUCUAUCCCUGUCUCUGCUCUGCUUCUUCAAAGACAGGACUCUUGGUGAGACCUUUCCUGCAAAUGUUUAAUAAAUGAUUAAUCCAAUAUGCUGUGUCCCAAAUAUCUUCAGAAAUCUGGGGGUUGUUGGGAGGGAUUUCAGAGCAAUAGAAAAAGAAGGUAUUUUCAGUUUUGUGAGCAUUCACUCAGGUAUAUCAAUUAACUGAUUCUAUCUCUUAUUGAUGCUUUAAAAAAUUGUUCUUAUUGAUGAUACAACACCAAACUACCCAACAAGUUUUUUUUCUUACAACAAAGUUUAGUGCCCUCUCUAGCAUACCUCCACAAGUUGGUACUAACAAAACUUUAGGUUGGGUCUUCAGGGAGGUGAUUAUUCUUCAAAGUACUAAGAGGCAUUUUGUGGAAUCAUUCUCCCAGAACUAGUUCUUAAGGCUCCAGUGGUGUUGCAAACCAUAUUAGUUAACCAAGACAGAAUUAACUGAAAGAAAAGGCAUAUGUUAUAUUUCCAGAGUAAGAAAAACAACUAUAAAAAUCCAUGUCCCCAAAAAACUCAAAUUGAAUCCUCACACCCAUGUAUGCACCAUCAGUGGGAAAAGUAGGCAGAAACUUGUGAGACACAGGUAGUGCUGCACACAUCUAGGAAAUACAUGUAACCAAGGCAA